CCCUGACUUUUUUUUCUUUUAUUAUAUCAUUAAAUUUAGUUUCUGUUUUAGAUUUUAAAUUUUAUUUUUACAAAAUGUCUGAAGGAUCUACAAAUUCUGAUUUUGAUUUUGUGCAAAUUGUUGAUAAUAAUGAUUUUAAUGUUCAAACAAAGCUUGACAAUCUUUUAACUGAAUUUAAUGAAGAGAAGGAAAAGAAUGCUAAACUUGAAGAGAAAAAUAAUUUUCUUGAAAAACAAAUGGAUGAGGUAAAAAAAGGGUGGGGGUAUUUUAACUUUAUUAAAUCCUUUGCUUUACGGGUACGGCCCACAAAAGUCUGGCAUUGUUAUGAGUCUGGUUAUAUAUGUGUCCUAGUGCAUUAUCCGACGGUUGCACGAGUUUUUCCCUCCUAUGUCCCUUAA